GUGUCUCUUCCCGCGCAAGGCAACGAGAGAGAGGGGGCCACCAAGAUGGCGCAGUACGGCCAAGUGACGAACAAGCGGCAGAAGACCGCUCGCGACCUCGCUCGGGGCGCCGCCGAACCCAGCGAUUUCUUCCCCGGGCUCGGCAGAGUGGAGUACCGGCCCGAAGCGGGCCCCGAUGACACCCUCUGCUACCGCCACUACAACCCCGGAGAGAGGCUGCACGGUCGCACCAUGGAGGAUUGGCUGCGCCCGGCAGUGUCCUUCUGGCACGCCUUCUGCCACACGGGCGGUGACCAGCACGGCCAGCCCACCUUCCACCGCUGCUGGGACGACGGCGGCAGUCCUCUGGAGGUCUGCAAGAGGCGCAUCCGAGCAGCUUUCGAGCUGUACUCCAAGCUGGGAGUGAAGUUCUGGACGCUGACGGACCUGGACGUCGCGCCCGAGGAGGAGUCCGCGGAGGAGUCUCGCGGCGGCCUGGACGAGGUGGUGCCCUUGGUCCAGGAGCUCCAGCAGCGCGCGGGGGUCAAGCCCCUGUGGAUGGCCGCCGACCUGCACCGCAGCCCCAGGUACGCCGGCGGCGCCGCCACCAGCAGCGACGCCGCUGUGGUCGCGCGCGCGGGCGCCCAGCUCAAGAGGACGCUGGAGGCGGCGCACAAACUCGGCGCCGAGUGCGUCGUGUUCCUGAACCUCCGCGAGGCGUGCCCCUCGCUGCUGGGCGCCGACGUGGCGCGGGAGCUGCGCAUCUACUCGAGGCUGCUCAAGAUGACGGCAGACUACAAGGAGCGGCUGGGGUACAGAGGGCAGCUGCUGCUCGACUGCUCCGGCUGGGGGCAGGAGGGGCUGCAGGGGGAGAAGUACCGCGCGCGCCACCACUACACGGGCGACGCGGCGAAGGCCCUGUGCUUCCUCAAGCACCACAACCUGGAGCGCCACUACAAGCUGAGCGUGGCGGCCCCGCGCCAGUUCCAGAUAGGCUGGGCAUCCGCAUAUGGCGCCUUGGGGUCCGUGGAAGCUACUGGUCCUUCUUUCUACGGGACUAUGGACGAAGCAACUUACGUUAUGAAGACCAUUAUUGAGCAGGGUGGAAUACAGCCAGGAGGCCUGAACAUUGGAGUUCUCCUGCAUCGCUCCUCGACGGACGUGAAGGACUUAUUCGAGGCUUACGUCAGCUGCAUCGACAAGUACGCCAGGGGACUUCGAAACGCAGUGAAGAUUGUCACAGACGGUCUGUUCACGAAGAACUUGCAGCAACAGUACGCCAGCUUCCACGCCGGGUUCGGCGCCCGCGUGAGCAACGGGGAGGCGACCCUGGAGGACUGCGAGGAGCACGCGACGAAGCAGCGAGACGAGCCCGCGUCGCGACGCACCGAGCACUGGGAGGCCGUGUUCAGCAGAUACGUGUAGCUCGGCACUUCCAUCCUCUUCCCCGCCAAGCGACCGCCUGGAUGUAGGCAUUCGUGGCGACGAACCACAGAUCCUUUCACUGGCUUCUGGAAACUUCUACGUUCCGGAAACGAAAUUCUCUGUAAUUCUGACGAAUGAAAAAAAAAAAAAAUAACUUUUGUACCAAUCAAAUCCCAGGCAUGUAAAAAAAAUGGCAAAACAAGAAUCACCUAGUCAAGACACUGGAGUUACAGAAACGUUUCUUGAGUUAUCUCGGUCGCCACUGUUUUCGGCAUGUGAAAUUGAUACGAACAGCAAAAAAAGAAGCCAAAAUUCAUAUAGAAAUGUCACAAAAUAAAAUAAAAAAACAGCUAAAGAAAUGUUUAAGAUUGAGGUUUUUGAGGUUAGUUAAUACUCGUGAUCUCAGCCAAUUGGCCUUUUUUUUUAAAAUUGAAUAACAUUCCUCAUCCUAUGUUAGAUAUCAUUGUUUAAACAAUAAUAUCACGAAAACUUAUCAAAGGUAAAGGGUAGUAGUUAGGGUUACUCUUAAUAGUGUGAACGGUUAAUUUUUUCCCCUUGGUUUCCAAAUUAAAUUUUAAUUAAGCUAUGUCCUGGCCAAAGGUAGUCAUACUCGCAAAUCCCGCUGUUAGAAUUCGCACUAUUAGAAAUUACAGUAAAUUUACGGACUUUUCAACGAAGAAUGCACCUGAAAUAAACAAAGAGUUCAUUGUAAUUUAAGAUAACUGUAUCUUCGUAGAAUCUACGCCUUACUUUAACUUUCGAAUUCUGUUUUUUCGGUACAAACCGGGCAAAAGCACACGUGGAAGAGAUAAGCGUGUGUUUUAUUUGCAUGAAUUUUAGCCAGUUUUGUAAGGCUUUUUAUGCAUUAAGAUAACCAGCGUGGAUUCAUGUUCAAAUGAAAGUAAACGUCGCACCCUUAAAUUUACGAAGAUAACGCCAAAUUCACGAAGAUUCCUGGGCAAUUCGUAACCAGCGUUCAUCGUAAAUACAAGCUGAAAAUUCUCGACAGUACGAAUUUCGGCGGACCAGUUAAACAUUCAUGCUGCCCAAUGCUUUUAUCCCUAAUUAACACACGGCGUGGUCAGCCACUCUAUCCUUAAAAUGUACAUAAAAGCGCCACGCUAGAAACACUCACAUCUUACGCAAAUGUUGUACGAAACGCCCACGAAGUCUGUCUCAAAUGUUUAAAAUAAAAAUAUUCUUGUUUGAAAAAUGAAACAAAAAACGCGCUUUUAAAUAAAAUUAUUUACAAUUAAUAAUAAACAUAAUUAACGUACUAAAUUAUAUUCACUAAAUUUGUAUAAAUUAUAUUGCCUAUAUAUAUUAUAGUUUAUACGAUUGUAUUGUCAUCCGAAUUACAUAUAAUUGCAAAGUUUCAAAUCGAUACGACUAUUAGAAGUAGUUUAAAACCUAUUUACAAUAUUUGUUUACACAGUUUGUUAGUUAGUUACAACUGAAGCUGAUAAAAGCGUGUUGAUAAUAGCCGUUUUAAACAAGUUGAGCACGCUUACAUCUCCAACUCGAUGACACCUAUUUACAACUGACUGUUAGUACUGAGUACAGAAUGUAAUACAGCACACACCACUGUCUGAAUCUCAGACACUAAAAGAAACAGCUAUUAAUUAUAAAUUAUUUUCUGUAAAAUUUUUCACAGAGUUGCUAUACUAACGCAAAGGAGUAAUCAUAAAGUACAAAUGUUAAAGAUAUUUCCUACGAAUAAAUCAUAAACGUUAAAACGUUAAAUUUAUAGUCAAUUUAUCACAUUUGCAUUGAAAGUUUCCCAUAAAACAUAUAUGCUAAUAACUUAUGUAACGAUUUGAGGAAUACUAAUAAAAAUUUUCUUACGGCGUGGUUACAGAAAGUUUGGACCAAAUAAUGACUUUAAAAACAAUGAAUACCAAAUCAAUAAAAUAUCACAAUUUGGCAAUGCUGUAAGCCGUUAUUCCAUUUGCUUGUUAGUUAAGGUAUCUUAAAAUGAGUCAUUCAAAAGGUUUAUGUAAUCAUAUUUCUUAGAAAUAUAAUCUGAAAGUAAAAAGCCAAUAUAAAAAUUACUAAUGAUAAAGUGGACUAACUUUUAUGGAGGUCUGUUGAUUUAAUAUUAGUGCAAUACAUGUGUUUAGUUAUAGCUAUCCCGAUAUUUUUUUUCAGCUAAAAGCUUUAAGUGUGUUAUAUUAUAUAUAUGGGUUAUUGUAUUUUGAAAUUGAAAUAAUUUUUACUGUAGUGAUAAUUGUAUACAAUUCGAGAUUAUAUUAUUAAGAUGCUUAUGAUAUAAACUACCUACUAUUUAUUGGUUUUCUUGGUUACUUAUACGUAGUGGUUCUUACAUUUAUAUUCAGAAGAAUAUUUUUUGUUAGUUAUAGUUGGUGAAAUGUAAGCAGACAGAUAAAGUUGAUGUCAAUAAACAUGGUGUAUGGA